AUGCAUAUUGAUAGAUCUCUUGGGAAAGCCAGACGUCACGCGCGCAAUUGCACCACAAGGGAGUGUCGCGUGGCCCAAGCCUUGCAUUGGUUUGACCCCAACACCUUCUAUCAACGAUUAAAUUGGCUCCUCAAGAAGCCUGGAGGAGUUUUUGCAGCUUGGUGCUACAUUUUGCCUAAGGUGAAUGAAGCUGUGGAUUCCAUAUUGGCGAAUUUAUAUACAACCUCUGAGCAUUUUUGGGCCUCUGAGCAUUUUUGGGCCUCUGAGUAUAGAACUUUGGAGUUCCCAUUCGAGCCUGUAGAGGGAGAAGAGCAUACAGGGCCAUUUGUGUUUGAAGGAACUAGAGAGAUGGAUCUGGAGGCAUUUUUUACAUGGAUUAGAACAUGGUCGGCCUAUCAAACGGCUCAUAAGGGCGGAGUUGAGCUCCUCAGUGAAGAAGUGGUGAAGAAGUUUGAGCAAGCGUGGAAAAAUAGUGUUCGGUAUCCAAUUUUCCUCCAAAUAGGACGGAGACCAAUGUGA